UGGGAGCCCAGUGAAAGUAAAGCUGGAUGCAUUUCCAUUUCCAUGUCCGCGGCAGCCGCAGCAACAACAAAAGCGAAACGAAAGAAAAGUGAAAUUUGAGCAAAAGGAAUAGCGCAUGCUAGUCAAACAACAAAGAAAUGGAAAAUUUGAAAAUCAGUGAAAAGUUAUUCGAGGAUGUGAUAUAUUAUGUGCUCGGCAGCUUGGAUGAUGAGAGCGAGAGAUUGCUUAAGAACGGCGGCGCACAGUCGAAGCUUUACCUUUCGGACCAAAUCACGCAUUUAAUAUGUGCCAGCAACUACUCCGAAGAGGAGCUCUCCAUGAAUCUGGACCUCUACAAUGUGAUACCUGUGAGCGAGCAAUGGAUCUCGCACAGCGCCAAACUGGGUCGCAUGGCCUCCACGCGUGCCUUCGAUCCAAGCCAGCCGCGUUUCUUGCGCGGCAUACGUGUCGCCAUCACCAAUGUGGUGGCCAGCGAUCGCCGGCGUCUCUAUGCGAUGCUCACCUUCCAUGGUGCCGUGGUCACCCACACGCAUGGAGCCACCAAUACGCAUCUGGUAUGCGGCGCUGCCACCGGCAACAUUUAUAAUAAAGCGCUGGCGCUGCCCAAAAAUGCCAUGAACAUUGUCACGCCCGACUGGGUCACUGAUUGCCUCAAAUUCAAGAGCUGUCUGCCCUGUGAGCCCUAUCAUCCCAGAUUGCUAAAGCCCAUCGAGAAGCAGCGCACCCAAAAGCAGCAACAGCAGCAGCAACAACAACAACAACAACAACAACAACAGCAGCAACAACAAAAUCUGCAGCAGCAACAGCAGCAGCAUCAACAACAGCAGCAGCAAUUGCAACAGCAAUUGGCACAACAGCAGCAGCAUCAACAACAACAACAGCAGCAGCAGCAACAUUUAGUCCAACAAUUGCCACAGCAGCAACAACAACAACAACCAGCUGCUACACAGCUAUCUGACAUACUAGGCUUUGGGGACGAUAGCGCUGCCCAGAGUAUCGCUAGCAUUAAAUCCCAACUGCAGGCAUCGGCAGAGCGUGCUGCAGCUGAACAGCAGCAGUUGCAGCAGCAACAGCUGCCACAGCCAGCGCAACAGCAAGUGGUCUUUGUGCGGCCACGCAACAUGCAGCAGCAACAACAAUUGCAGCAGCAGGGCGCACCACAGGCGCCGACACCACCGCCGCCACCCACGCCACAGCAGCAGCAGCAACAACAGCAAAUUAUAAUACAGCAACAAAAAAUCAUACCAGCUAAUCUGCAGCAACAGCAGCAACAACAACAACAGAUCAAAAACAUUUUGCAGCAGCAGCGACAAAUAAAGAACACACAACAGCAACAACAGCAGCAACUGCAACUUUUGCAGCAACAGGAGCAACAGCAGCAGCAGCAACAACAACAGCAGCAACAACAACAACAGCAGCAGCAGCAGCAAUUAUUACUCCAGCAGCAGCAACAACAACAACAACAACAGCAGCAGCGUCUGCCUACAACACCCACCAUGCCACAACCACCCAUGCCAAGUGGACGACAAACGCCGCGCACGCCACAGCCGGCAACAACACCACAGCCCGUGCAAUCACCGCAGCAGCAAGUGGGACAACAGCAACAAGUGCCGCAACAACAACAACAGCAACCGUCCGUGUCAGUCUCGCCCCAAAUGCUGCAUCAGCACAUAAUGAACAAGCAGCAAAUGUUGCAGCAGCAGCAAAUGCAACUGCAUCAGCACAUACAAAAUGGCCAGAGCCUGACACCACAACAACAGGCGUUGCAGCGCCAGUUACAGCAACAGCAGCAACUGUUUCAGCAGCAAAUGCAGAUGCAACAACAGCAACAACCACAGCAGCAAUCACCACGCAUGGUGCAAAAUCGUUCGCCAGUCAUGCCACCCGGCACGCCCUCGCCUUCGCUGCAGCAGCAGCAGCACUUGGUUGCGAGCAGCAGCAACAUGUUGCCUCCUCAGUCACCGCGACAACUGCAAUCGCCAGCGCCACAAAUGACGCCGCCUCCGCCGCCCUCGCCACAGAGCGCACAGCAGCACUUGCGCCAGCAGCAGCAACAAUUGCAACAGAGUCGCCAGCAGCAGCAGCAGCACAUGAUGGGCUCCCCGCAACAACAGCCGCCUACGGCCAUGAUGUCACCACAACAGCAACCAUUCCAGCAGCCAGUGCAUCAGCAACAACGCAUGCAGCUGCAGCAGCAACAACAACAGCUUGCACAGCAGCAGCAGCAACAAAGUCCGCAGCACAUUUCAGCGCCGCAAUCACCUCAGAUUUCACAAACGCCUCCCAUGGCUAGCAAACAACAGCAGCAGCAACCAGCUCAGCAUCCGCAGCAGCAGCAGCAACAGCAAUCCUUUGUGCAGCCCAUCGAUCCUACGGAUCCCGUGCAAGUUGCUCAAGUGCUCAGUCGUUCUACACUGAGCAGCAAUCAGGAUUCACUGAUUAUGCGCCAGCAGCAAUUAAAGCAACAACAGCUGCAACAACAACAACAACAGCAACAACAACAACAGCAGCAACAACAACAACAGCAGCAACAACAACAGCAGCAGCAGCAACAAAUGCCACAACAACAUACGCCCUCGCCAAGACAGUCGCCUUUGCAGCAACAGCAAUCAACACCACAACAACCAGAGAGGCCCUUACAGCAGCUGCAGCCACAACAGCAGCAACAGCCGCCACAAAUGGCACAGCAACUUGGACCUGGACAGCAGCAGCAACAGGUCAUAACCCAGCGACACGUGAUAAACACUUCAACGGCCCAGGGACAGCAACUAAUACAGAGUCAUAUGAUGAGCAUACAGCAGCAACAGCAAAAGCAGCAGCAAAUGUUGCAGCUGCAACAGCAGCAGCAACAGCAAAUGAUACCUCAGCAGCAGCAGCCACAACAGCAGCAACUGCCACAGCAGCAGCAACAACAGCUACCACCUCAGCAGCAGCAGCAGCAACAACAACAACAGCAACAAGUGCAGUUUACGCAGCAACAAAACAUUGCAUUGGGCACAGGCGGUCAGGUGCGCAUCAUACAGCAGACCAUUCAACCACCGCAACAACAGCAACAGCUGCUGGGACAACAGUUUGCGCCGCAGCAACAACAAGCACCACAACAACAGCAACAGGUAUUGCCACAGCAGCCGCAGCAACAUACCAAAAAAUUCAUCAUCAGUCAGCAGCAAUUCAGUCAGCUCAGCGCGCAGCAGCAGCAGCAAAUAUUAGCGCAGAAUCAGCAAAACCAAAAUGUGUACAUUGUGAAUUCCACAAAUCUGUCACAGCAACAACAGCAGCAGCAGCAACAACUUGUGCAGCAGCGACAACUAUUGCAGCAACAGCAACUAAUAACACAGCAGCAACAACAGCAACGAUUGCAAAUGCAACAACAACAACCGCAGCAACAAAUUGUGAUAAAUCAGCAAGUCAUCAGCGAUCCGCAGCGAUUGCAAUAUUUGCAGCAGCAACAACAAUUGCUGCAGCAAAAACAGCAGCAACAACAACAACAGCAGCAGCAACAACAACUCGUUGGGCCGCCACAACAGCAACAACAGCAGCAAAUUCUGAUACAACAGCAACAACCAGUGGCACAGCAGCAACAGCAGCAGCCGCCACAGCAAAUCAUGCAACAGGUGCUCAUAAAGCAACAACAUUUGCCACAACGCACGCCACCGCCGCAAUCGCCACAGCAGCAACAGCAACAGUUGAUGCUGCAGCAGCAAUCGCCACAGCAUCACGCACAGCUGCAACAGCAGCAGGCGCACUGGUCCCCGCAGAGUCCUGUGACAAAUCAGUUACCUCCCACAACGCCUGGCACGCCCACCACAAGCAUGGGCAUGCAAUCACCGUUGCCUGGCACGCCCACAACUCCGCAGCAGCAACAGCAGGCGCCACAGCAAUUCGCGCCGCGCGGACUGCGUCCGCAAACACCUUGGCCCGCACAACAGCAGCCCCCACCGUCACAGCAGCAACAACAACAACCGCAGCAGCAGCAACAACAACAACAACAGCUUGUGCUGCCACCGCCGCAGCAGCAACAGCAGCAGCGGCAACUAAUACAUCUGGACGAGAAGACGCAUGCGCAUUUUAUGUCGCUAGAUGCACACAAACGUGCCGAGUACAUUACGAAACUGAAUCAAAACAAGCCACGUGUCAUGCUGCGCCAGCAGGUGGCCUAUCAGCCACGCCCCGGUGCGCCCGGUAACGUGGUGGCCACACGUGCACCGGGCCCAGUGCCGGUGCCUGGACCAGGCACUUCGCACAUUAUUGUGCAGAGCCAAAUGCCAGGUGGACUUACGCAGCAGGAGCAAAUGCUCUGGCUGCAGCAGCAGGGCACACGUCAGGUGGUAGUGCGUGCGGGCGGUGCGCCUGGACUCAGUCCCAUAACGCAGCAACAACAACAACAGCCUGGCGGAGCACCUCAACAGCUACCUCAGCAGCAACAGCAGCAGCAGCAACAAUUUAAUCCUAAUGAUCCCAGUCAGCAAAUGUUGCUGCAACGCCAACAGCUGCGCGUGCAGCAAAUACCCAUGCAACAGGCGCCGGCGCCGCAGCUGGGCAAGCAGACCGUGCAGCUCAUUACCGGUCCCAAUGGCCAGCUAAUCGAACAGCAAACCAUUGUUCAGCAGCAGGCCCAGCAACAGCAGCAGCAGCCGCCCACACCAGGCACGCCCACCACACCUGGAACUGGCGUGGUUGUUGGUGGCGCCGCAGGCGGCAAUAUUAUGACGCAAACGCUGGUCAUGCCCGCAGCAGCGCCCGAUGGUCAACAGCAGCAACAGACUCCGCAGCAGAUGAAUCUGAAAACGAAAACCGCUUUGGCCAACAUGCUGAGCAAUCGCCUGGGCAACAAUGGAGCACAGGUGCCGCCGCAACAGCAGCAACUGCUCUCCAUGAGCGAUGUCCAGCAGCAGCAGCAGCAACAACAACAGCAGCAAAUUGUGCAACAGGUUGUUGUUAGCGGUGCCACACACCAGCAGCAGCAACAGUUGCUACUGCAACAACAGCAGCAGCAGCAACAACAACAGCUGGUUGCAGCGCAGCAACAGCAAUUGGCACCGGGCCCACAGCAACAUGUGGAGACACCAUCUGCCGCUGGUGCACUGCGCAUGAUGGGUCAGCAGCAUAAUGCUGCUGUAGGCGUGCCUGGUCCACCACGGACACAGCAGGAGCUAGUUCUGUUGCAACAGCAGCAGCAACAACAGCAGCAGCAGCAAUUGCUACAGCAGCAUCCGCAGCAAAUGCGACGUGUUGUCGGCGUGCCGCAGCAACAGUUGCCACAACAGCAUUUGGUGCAACAACAAAUUGUGGUCGCGCCGCAGGCGAGCAUACAGCAACAACAGUUGCCAGUGGGCGUUCCAGUGCAAGUAGCAGGCGGCCCGCCUCAUGUCUACAUGCAAGUGCGUCCCGGCCAGCCGCCCAUACCGAUGCCACCGCGUCCCCAGUUCUAUGGCCACAAUCCGAACUUAAAGCUGCCGGCUGAUCUAUUCCUAGUCGGCUGCACCUUUUACAUAGUUGAAUACGACGAGACGGACAGCGAUGAGCUGCCCAUUUGGCUGGACACCAUACGCCAGUUUGGCGGCGAUAUCGAGCGUGUCUAUUGCGCCCGUGUGACGCACGUCAUCUGCCGCACCCAGCGGCACGGCAUGGUGAUGCAGGCACUGCGCGACGCCAAGCGCUGCGUGACCGCCUACUGGCUAAGCGACAUCUGUUUGAAGCGACAGCUAAUGCCACCGUGGCAGCCACUGCAUUUGCCCUUCCCCAGCCAAUUUGGCUAUCGCAAGCCGCUGGAGCGCUACAUUAUCACAUCGGAGGGCUUUGAGGGCGAGGAAGUUGUGCGGCUGCAGCAAAUGGCCGAGGAAUGUGGCGCCAUUUACACAUCGUACCUGUCCAAGGUGAACACGCUGGUCGUCUGCAAACAACUGGAGGGCAAUAAAUUCAAUGCGGCCAAAGAGUGGAACAUACCUAUGGUCAAUGCCCUGUGGCUCAGCGAUGUGUGCAUAGGAAAUCUGAGCGGGCUCACCCAGUACGAGAAUCCCAAAUAUCAGCAGUACAAUCUGGUAGCGCCAUUCCGCAUCGAAUGCAAUCUGGUGCAGCAUUUGCUGGCCGCCUGGAAAGCGCCCAUUAAUCUCACCCAGGAAGCACACGAGCGUGUCAAGCGUCAUCUUUCUGAUCCGUAUGCGAAUGAGCAGAAGAUUAAGCGGCAGAAACUGUGCGUCUAUCAGGAGCAGCUGCCCGAGCAAAUCGUUUGCAUCGAAUAUCCGCAGACUACAAAACCGCCCAAGGUCAUUUUCUCGCAGGUCGCCGAUGCGGAGGCGCUCAAAAAGGCUGUCGAACUUCUGGGCGGCAUUGUGGUGGACAGUCCCAUGGAUGCAACACAUUUGGUCAUGACGCGUGAGAGCCGCACCUGCAAACUGAUUCAGGCCUGCUGCCAUGUGGACUAUGUGCUCAAGUCCACCUGGCUGGUGGACAGCGCCAAGGCCGGCAAAUUUGUGCCGCCGGAUGAGUAUCGCAUCCGGCACAUACCCGUCGAUGAGAAUCUGCAGUUCGAUUUGGAUGCUGUGCUGUGUGCGCCGACACGUUCCACACUAUUUGCGGGCAGAUACUUCUAUGUAACACCCGACGUAUUUCCGGCACGCGAUGAAAUCAUACGCAUGAUCGAAUCUUCGGGCGGCAAGGUGGAGGCGAAACGACGCAGCGGUGCCGCCGUUGCAGAGGCGCAUGUCCAGGCGCCCGACUCAUAUAUCAUUGUUACCUGCCCAACGGAUAUGCAUUUGUGCGCGGAUCUGACGCGACAUGGCAAUCCCAAGUGCCAUAUUGUCUCUACGGAGUUUGUGAUGAGCUCCAUAUUGCGGCAACAGCUGGAAAUUGAGCCCAAUUUGAUACCAUAUUUGUACAACAAUAACAUUUCCAACAGCAGCAGCAGUAACAACAAAUCCUAGCGACAAGCUGUUCUCUACUUCUUGUUGCUUAAAGCUUGAGGCACAUUCAGGAAAUUUUAUAAACUUUGUUAUGUAUCUAUGUACGUAUGUAUGUUAAGAAUCCCAUCCCAUUUUCAUCGAGCCUGUGAGCUGUGAAUGCGAAUCUAGUCCACAUUGAAACUGAUGAAAAUUGGGUAACUAAUCGGUUAUAUAUAUAUAUAUCACAAUCCCAUAUAGAGCUAGCUGGAUCGUGUUAUCAAAACGAUUGAUAAAGCCCUUUGCUACAGCUAUUUUUACACGCAUCAACAAAUGGUUUGCCGAUAAACUGCAGAUCGAGUCAUUCAAGCGAUCUAUCACAUCUAUAUAUAGUAGAUAGUUGCAACUAAUUAUAAGCAAAAAGUACAUUUUUAUAAAUAUAUAUAUAUAUAUUUUUAUAAACUCAUUAUCUAGAUGUAAAUAAGUAUUUAUAAUUCAAUAGAGUAUACGAAACGUUUCACAGAAAUUUUAAUCGGCUGGCUAUUAGAAUUUUAAGCACAUUUCUAUUUGGAUAUAGUCCAUUGUCCAAAUCCCCUAAAUAUUAGCUAGGUAUACUCAACAAAUAAAGCUUAUGUUAUAUAUGUGAAUACCAGCUGGUUUUAAUGGGAUCUCUCCGGGCUAAAACGCAUUUUAAUUGCUCAGAUUAGACAUAAUUUCCACCCGUUUCCAUGGAUUAGUGAAGUGAAGUGAAAAUUUUAAAUUUAACGUGCGGACUUGGAGUCGAU